GCUCUAAUAUAAUCGCCAAGUAUUUUAAUCACAAAACAAGUUUGUACGUGUACCACACAGCACAUGUAAUACAGUGACGGGAGAAAGUCACGAAUGAAAACAGCUGAGUUGUUCUGCUAGAGUCGUUGCCAUGGCGCCCAGUUUGAAAUGCCCAAAACAAUCGGCUGUCAUUUCAUUCAAUAGCCAAAAGCCAUCGUCGAAAGUGAUGAAAGAAUGGGAAGACAAUCAGUUCAAAAUGUUGUGGAUUCUUUCAGCGAUAGAAUAUUUCCAGGUUUGUCUGAUGUACCCCAAGAUUUCUCAUUCGUAUCGGGUCAAAGUGACAUAGUUUAUGAUGUCCAAUCAAGUUUGGUACUGCAAAUGUCACUAUACUUCAACUUGGUCUACUACCCAGUGUGGCUGGCGAUCAUCUUGGCAUCAUUUGUGGCAAAGCACCAAUGUUUUGGCUGGUUCUCGUAUCUCCUUCUUGGAAUUGGAGUCUCUGCCUGCUGUGUGACGGAAGCCACCAGGAUCUACUUGGGCAUGUCUGGCAACCUGAGCGAGCAAGUGGCAGAGCUGUCCACCUUCUGGUUCACCACACUCCUGGUCCAGCUGCCACUUGUGACAAUCAUCCUGAUCGUGGCACUCAGCCUGAGCCAGAUCCUGGAGAUUGUCGCCUUGUCCAUCUCCAGUCUGCUGAUGGCAGUCCAGCUGUGCGUCUCGUUCGCCACACUUCGUAACGUGGCCCGCCUUCGCCAAUUUUAGAAACCUUGAGCCAGGCGAGAGAGAAACUAUACCUCUACGUCUCUCUCUCUCUCAUUUUAAUUUCCACCUCGUGUCGACAGGUUUUUUCUUUCGUUAUAAAAGCGCAUCAGCCCAACACGGGUUCUGUGUGAGACGACGAAAAAGAAUCAGAUAGACAGAGAGAGAGAGAGACGAAAGGGAAAAUGAAAAAGAAAAAGAAAAGAGAGAGAACUCUUUUGGUAGUAUCUAUAUGCACGCGAACCGCUCGCUGGAAUUCUGUUGGGGUUUUUUCUUCUUUUUUCUGGCGAGUGACCAGCGACCUUGACAUGGCGGAAUGAAACACACACACACAGACUCCGACUACUACGACUACUACCACACUAAACUAUACUCAACAAAUAAGCAGCAGCAACCAAAGCCAAUAAGUGAAAGGAGGUCCGAUGAGUCAGAGAAUCUCACAGGAUCGCCACAGAAGAAGAAGAAAGAAGAACAUCCAAAUGGUGUUUGGACCAAAAACGAAGAUAGGGAGAGGGUGUGAAAAGAUAUCGUCUCAAGAGCUUGUUAUUUCCCUUUUUGUUUUCUGUUUUGUGUCGCACACAAAUAAAACAAUUCGACAGGUCAUCGGCAUCGCUACACUCGACGAGGUCACCACGAGUUUUGGGGGAAAUCUUUUUUCUCGGUUUUUUCGUCUUAUACAAGAAGAAGAAGAAUCUGAAGGACUCGGAGACUUAUACCAGCAGCAGCAGCAGCUCGAUGCCUCUGACCUGUUGAUGUAUACCUUGACCUGCUUUUCUCCCCUUCUGUCGUAUAUAACCAUUUCUUUUCUUCUUCUUCUUCUUUUGUCGCCCCUUUUAAUUCGUUUAAUCAUCACGAUUAGCAAUUCCAAAACAUUAUUUAGAUCUACAGGUAUAUACUGAACUGUAUAAUUGAUUGAUGGAUCAGGCCGGAGCACAGACACUCACCUGGGAAAUUCCCCAAUUUAAUACAAACAAAAUUGCGAAAAUUGAUUUAUUUUUGUCAUUGAUUGAGUAAUACAUUUUUUUUUAAGGGGGUGAUCACCUUGCUGGGCGAUUUGACGGCCGGCCGGCCAAUGAACUUGGUGUCCGCGAGGUCGUGACUUUUUUUCGAAAUUUCCCACGGGGGGUUUUUGAUAUUUCUAAUUCUUUCACAUGUAGGAAAUUCCAGUCCAAACGAUGACUGUGUGUGCAUGCUGCACACUAUCAGUAUUCCCCUUUCCCAUUCACCUUGUCGGACGUUAAUCCACUUGCGAAAUUAACAAGUCAUUAAAUUAGGAGGGAGUGGGAGGAACAUGGGAAAAAAGAAAAGAAAAAUAAAAAGGUCGUCGAGGUGGGCGGAAACGUGACGUGUUCCAACACGUCAUUUUGGACCCAAAUCUUUUCGUCAAUUUACCUGAAAA